GCAGCCGUCCAACAGCUGCACAAUGGGACAGAGUCUAUCAGCACGUUUCGAGUGGAUUGACCAACCAGUGGCGACGUCGAAGCAGACGAUCGAAGACAAUGACGCUGGCCAACUGAAAACAUCAAUUGUAAAUCAUGCGCUUCUGUCUGAUCUGAUACGCAUGAUCGAACAACUAUGCCGAGCACACCCGAGCGAGGCAAGAUCCGAAUUUCGAAGACCGCUACAAUGGUCAAGUAACCUCCGCCCUGCGGCGUUUUCUGCUGCUGGAGACAAGUGGAUUGUCCAAUCUAGUGGACCAAAGGGAGGAAAGGUUGUAAUAACGUCUACAGAGACUCGAACCGACGGACAGCCAUUAUUUCAGCUCGAACAAAGUGGAGGCCAAACCACGGAAUCGACUGUAUAUAUCGCUAGAGUUGCCUCCUUCGAAUAUCUGAAUCGAAUACUUCAGCUCGCAGAAGAGCAUAAGCUUAGAGAAUUACAAGAAAUCAUUCAAGCCAAUCGAGAUCCAGCAAAAACUAUAUUUGGUGUCAGUGGGGACAAUGCUCUUGUAGAUGCAUUUGAAGCCUUCAGCAAUGAGCAAGACCCACGAAAGCGCGAUCAGUACAGCAAACUGUAUAAGUUGCUCCUCAUUCUUAACACGUUCGAUCUCCAGCUGAUGAAGUCAGCGGUACAGGAUCUCCAAAAAGAGAAGACGUUGAAUGUUCAAAAGAUCAGUGAAGAACUGCAAAUGAUUCAGGCCUUCUGUGGAAGGGACCCGGCGCGGCCAGCAAUAUCAAUUGACUGGGAGUCAGAUUACACAUUUGCGAACGGGUACAAGGCACCACCAUGGCGCCAGGUUUACGGCGAGAUUUGCUACCUGGAGGUCCAACCUUUUGACCGGGAAAAAAUGAUAAUUACUGCAAGUAAAAGGGGCUAUUUUGUGAACAAAGGGUACUCAGCAGAUGACAAAGGCCAAGAACAUCUGAAUUAUGAAGCAGACUCGGACGUCUACCCUUCUUUAGUUGAUCUGCUACGAAGUCAGUCACAGCAUUUCGCAGCACGGAUUGACAAGCAAGAGUAUUCGUGCUUGCCCAAAGCAGGUGCAUCAGUUACUUCUAUGUCCGAAUCUGCGAUCGCACCACAUUCACAGCCCCACGAAGCGGAAGAAACCGACGAGGACCAGGAUUACGGCGCGGACACCGUACAGAAGAAGGGCGAUGCUAAUGGCAGACGUGCAUAUGUGAAUAAAAAAACAAAAACGAAAAAUACGGCGAAGACUCGCGUUCCCGUUGAGCCAUCGUUGAAGUGGAGAUCACUUGGAGUCACCCAGGAUGGUGACUCCGAUCGUAACGUUGAUGGUCAUGGAUAUAAGAAGACAUCUGGGAAAGUAAAAUUGAACAGGACUUCCUCGGCGAGUAAGGAUGGUAAAAAAGGACAGCGGUCACGAGCAAUGCCAGAUGAGGACGAUUUUACGGAUAGCGAAGCAGACGAUUCUGAGGAAGAGAUACAAGAGAAGCGACAGGAGAUUUCCGAGCUACCUGCUGAGUACUACCAAAUUCAGAAACUUGUGAAAUACUUGCGAGCAGGCAAUCAAACAGCCACAAUAAUUGCAAUAUGCUCUCUCCGGGAUUUUGACCUAACAAAUGAGUUCAAUCAAACAGCCAUCAGAGAUGUGGGCGGGCUGGAAACUUUGGUAAACCUCCUGGACACUGAUGAUCCAAAAUGCAAAAUCGGGGCAUUGAAAAUAUUAAGGGAUAUAUCUCAAAACGUGGCUAUUCGAUCGGCCAUUGCAGAGCUAGAUGGAAUGCAACCUCUGGUUGAGUUGCUUCGUGAUUCAGAUAAGGAAUUAAAGUGCCUGGCAGCUGAAACAAUCGCCCAUUGCGCGAAGAAUGCGCGAAAUCGUCGGUCCGUACGUCGCUAUGGUGGUAUUCGAAAACUGGUGCGCUUACUCAAAGCACGGCCUGGAAGCGAGGAUGAGCAGGUUGCGAUGGCGGGAGCUUUGGCUCUGGCGACCUGCAGUAAAAGUGCAAAAAAUAAAGAGGCAAUUCAAGCGGCCGGCUCGAUUCCACUACUUGCGAAUCUACUUGAAUCACAAAAUGAACAGCUGCUGAUUCCCGUCGUUGGAAUCUUGCAAGAGUGCGCGUCCGAUGAAAACUAUCGGAUUGCCAUCCGAGGAUCGGGAAUGGUAAAGUUCCUAGUUGAAAACCUGGCAAGCAAGAAUGAAGAACUCCAAGCACACUGUGCCAGCGCCAUCUUCAAAUGUGCCGAAGAAGACGAAAUUCGGACGCUUGUCCGCCAGUACAACGGACUUACGCAUCUAGUAAAUCUGCUGGACAACACCAUGAACAAAGAGCUUCUUGCUGCGGCAACCGGGGCAGUCUGGAAGUGCGCACAAAACCUCGAGAAUGUUGCUGCGUUUAACAAACUGAACACAAUCAAGAAGCUGGUCGGACUGAUGGAAAACCAACCGGAGGACGUUCUAGUGAAUGCUGUAGGAGCUCUUGGAGCUUGCGCCCAGACUGCUGACGGCAGGCAGGCCAUCAGAGAAUGCAACGGGAUUACUCCGUUGGUAAACCUGCUAACGGGAACGAAUCAAGCUCUUCUUGUUAAUGUGACAACGGCAGUGGGCGCCUGUGCUCUCGAUACCGACAGCAUGGCCAUAAUUGAUCGACUAGACGGAGUACGUCUGCUAUGGUCUUUACUCAAGUCCACGAAUCCUCAAGUCCAGGCCUCUGCAGCAUGGGCCAUCUGUCCUUGCAUUGAACACGCGAAGGAUGCCGGAGAAAUGGUCCGUUCGUUUGUGGGUGGACUGGAACUCAUUGUCUCGCUCCUCAAAUCCGAUAACACUGAGGUUUUGGCCUCGGUUUGCGCUGCAAUAGCAAAUAUCGCGAAAGACGAGGAAAAUUUGGCUGUAAUUACCGAUCACGGAGUUGUACCCAUGCUCGCUAAACUUACCAAUACACGCAAUGACAAACUGCGGCGACAUCUUUCGGAAGCCGUAGCACGAUGCUGCCAUUGGGGAAAUAACCGGGUGUCAUUUGGAGCAGCCGGAGCGGUUGCCCCACUGGUGAAAUAUCUACGAUCGCCCGAUGAAGAAGUUCACAGAUCAACCGCUCGCGCAUUACACCAGCUUUCUAUGGAUCCGGAUAAUUGUAUUACAAUGCAUGAACACGGGGUAGUCCAGCUUUUGUUGGGGAUGGUCGGAUCACCAGAUCCAGGGUUGCAGGAGGCCGCUGCGGGGACGAUCGGCAACAUUCGACGACUUGCGCUAGCUAGCGAGAAGGCCGCUAUGGCUUAGAAAAGGAAAGCUGCAGUUUUUCCAAGAGAAGAAAAUGCUUAUAGAUAGUUAAAAGAUCUUGUCUUUCUCAAUUUGUCAAAGCUAAUGAUGUUAACAACGUUGUAAAUUGCGCUAACAUUCGGA